CGGGCCCAGUGAGCCGGCGCCCGCAGCCCGCGGCGCGGCAUGGCUUCCCCGCAGAGCCCCGGGCAGCCCCGGCCGCGGCCGCCGCCGCCGCUGCCGCCCGCGCGCCUGCUGCUGCUCCCGCUGCUGUCGCUGCUGCUGCUGCCGCCGCGGGCGCCCGGGGCCUGGGGCUGGACGCGGGGAGCCCCCCGGCCGCCGCCCAGCAGCCCGCCGCUCUCCAUCAUGGGCCUCAUGCCGCUCACCAAGGAGGUGGCCAAGGGCAGCAUCGGGCGCGGCGUGCUGCCCGCCGUGGAGCUGGCCAUCGAGCAGAUCCGCAACGAGUCGCUCCUGCGCCCCUAUUUCUUGGACCUGCGCCUCUACGACACCGAGUGUGACAAUGCAAAAGGGUUGAAGGCCUUCUACGAUGCAAUAAAAUAUGGACCAAACCACUUGAUGGUGUUUGGAGGCGUCUGUCCAUCCGUUACGUCCAUCAUUGCAGAGUCACUUCAAGGCUGGAAUCUGGUGCAGCUUUCUUUUGCUGCCACCACACCUGUUCUAGCCGAUAAGAAAAAAUACCCGUACUUCUUUCGGACUGUCCCCUCGGAUAACGCAGUGAACCCAGCCAUCCUGAAGCUGCUGAAGCACUUCCAGUGGAAGCGAGUGGGUACACUGACGCAAGACGUGCAGCGCUUCUCUGAGGUGAGGAAUGACCUGACUGGAGUUCUGUAUGGCGAGGACAUCGAGAUUUCUGACACAGAGAGUUUCUCUAAUGACCCCUGCACCAGCGUCAAAAAGCUAAAGGGUAAUGACGUCCGCAUCAUCCUGGGCCAAUUUGACCAGCACAUGGCUGCCAAGGUGUUCUGUUGUGCUUACGAGGAGGACGUGUAUGGAAGCAAGUACCAGUGGAUCAUCCCCGGCUGGUACGAGCCUUUCUGGUGGGAGCAAGUGCACAUGGAAGCCAACUCCUCCCGGUGUCUCCGCAAGAACCUUCUAGUGGCCAUGGAGGGCUACAUCGGUGUGGACUUCGAGCCCCUGAGCUCCAAGCAGAUCAAGACCAUCUCAGGAAAGACUCCACAGCAGUAUGAAAGAGAGUACAACAACAAGCGGUCAGGUGUGGGGCCCAGCAAAUUUCAUGGCUAUGCCUAUGAUGGCAUCUGGGUCAUCGCCAAGACACUGCAGAGGGCCAUGGAGACAUUGCAUGCCAGCAGCCGGCACCAACGGAUCCAGGACUUCAACUACACAGAUCACACACUGGGCAAGAUCAUCCUCAACGCCAUGAAUGAGACCAACUUCUUUGGGGUCACGGGCCAAGUUGUGUUCCGGAAUGGAGAGCGAAUGGGGACCAUUAAAUUUACUCAAUUUCAAGACAGCAGGGAAGUGAAGGUGGGAGAGUACAAUGCUGUGGCUGAUACCCUGGAGAUCAUCAAUGACACCAUCAGGUUCCAAGGAUCCGAACCACCCAAGGACAAGACCAUCAUCCUGGAGCAGCUCCGUAAGAUCUCGCUACCUCUCUACAGCAUCCUCUCUGCCCUCACCAUCCUGGGAAUGAUCAUGGCCAGUGCGUUCCUCUUCUUCAACAUCAAGAACCGCAAUCAAAAGCUGAUAAAGAUGUCAAGUCCAUAUAUGAACAACCUCAUCAUCCUGGGAGGAAUGCUCUCUUAUGCUUCCAUAUUUCUCUUUGGCCUUGAUGGUUCCUUUGUCUCCGAAAAGACUUUUGAGACACUUUGCACUGUCAGGACCUGGAUCCUCACUGUGGGCUACACAACUGCCUUUGGGGCCAUGUUCGCCAAGACCUGGAGGGUUCAUGCCAUCUUCAAGAAUGUGAAGAUGAAGAAGAAGAUCAUCAAGGACCAGAAGCUGCUCGUUAUCGUUGGGGGCAUGUUGCUGAUCGACUUGUGCAUCCUCAUCUGCUGGCAGGCAGUGGACCCCCUGAGAAGGACAGUGGAGAGGUACAGCAUGGAGCCGGACCCAGCAGGACGGGACAUCUCCAUCCGCCCCCUCCUGGAGCACUGUGAAAACACCCACAUGACCAUCUGGCUUGGCAUAGUCUAUGCCUACAAAGGUCUUCUAAUGCUGUUUGGUUGCUUCUUAGCUUGGGAGACCCGCAACGUCAGCAUCCCGGCACUCAACGACAGCAAGUACAUCGGGAUGAGCGUCUACAACGUGGGCAUCAUGUGCAUUAUCGGUGCCGCUGUCUCCUUCCUCACCCGGGACCAGCCUAACGUGCAGUUCUGUAUUGUGGCCCUGGUUAUCAUCUUCUGCAGCACCAUCACCCUCUGCCUGGUGUUUGUGCCCAAGCUCAUCACGCUCAGAACAAACCCUGAUGCCGCCACUCAGAACAGACGGUUCCAGUUCACACAGAAUCAGAAGAAGGAAGAUUCCAAAACGUCCACCUCAGUCACCAGCGUGAACCAGGCAAGCACAUCGCGUCUAGAGGGCCUGCAAACAGAGAACCACCGCCUGAGGAUGAAGAUCACUGAGCUGGACAAAGACUUAGAAGAGGUCACUAUGCAGCUGCAGGACACGCCAGAGAAGACCACCUACAUCAAACAGAACCACUACCAAGAGCUCAACGACAUCCUCAGCUUGGGCAACUUCACUGAGGGCACAGAUGGUGGAAAGUCCAUUUUAAAAAAUCACCUCGAUCAAAAUCCCCAGCUACAGUGGAACACAACAGAGCCCACCCGAACUUGCAAAGAUCCGAUAGAAGACAUCAAUUCCCCGGAACACAUCCAGCGCCGGCUGUCCCUGCAGCUCCCCAUCCUCCACCACGCCUACCUCCCAUCCAUUGGCGGCGUGGAUGCCAGCUGUGUCAGCCCCUGUGUCAGCCCCACCGCCAGCCCCCGCCACAGACAUGUGCCACCCUCUUUCCGGGUCAUGGUCUCAGGCCUGUGAGGGCUGGGGGGCACCCAGGGCCAGGGCCUCCCCAUGGCAUGCACUGCGGGAACACUGCGGGCUCUGGCUGCGGAGAAGCUGGUGCCAGGCCAGCCUGGCCGGACUGCUCAGUGGGCACUCAGGUGGACAGUAGGGUGGGGGUGGGGGGCACUUGGCACUUGACCUUGAGCCUUAUUUGUGAAGUUUUUAUUCUUUCCCCAAGAAGAGGAAUGGAGAUGACUUCAUCCUUGAUGUCGGCAAAGCAGGACCUGAGCUGGGCUAUUUGAAAACUUUGCAAAAAAAAAUAAAAGAAGAAGAAAGGAAGGAAGACACACACAAAAUCUAGGCAAGGAGAGAGUGGCUGGAAGUCCAGUCGAAGUCUUGGAGGGGCCCGACCAACUUGGGCAGAGGCGAGGGGCUUCUAGAGAAAUGGUCUCGGCCCCUGCAUACACACAUCCCUGGCUAUAGCCGCUCCUCUCCCCAACCAGGCCAGUCCCUGUCCCCUCCGGGGAAGGAGGCAGGCAGGACCACAUGGCCUCCAGCGGCCUGUGCAGCCCACCCCGCUUUCUGCAGUCAGGAGGAUGUGGAGGGGGCUGUCCAGGGUUGGGGUCUGCGCCCCUAACCCUCUGAGCAAUGCCACACACGAACACAAUAAUACCCGUUCUGGGACUGUGGGGAUUUAGGGCGCGUUGCUGCAGAUACGCUCUGCAGCAUCCACUCCCGUCGGGCACGUCCUUGUGUUUGCUUCAGGGGUUCCCGGUAAUAAGGGGGCCUGCCUGAGCUCCUCACGGAAUGUCUAUUCCUACCACACCCCCGACAGGUAGACUGUGCACUUUAACCUCUCUCGCAAAGGCCCGAGGGCUGGCUGGCGGGUAGUGGGGAUUUUAUUUCCCGAUGACUUUGUUUCUGACCAAAGUGAAUUGGGGAGGGCAUGAUGCUUAGAAGACACCCCAGGGCCACAGGGAGAGAGCUGGCCAAGGGCUCCUCUGGGCUCCCAAGAGGCACCUUCCUUCCCUUCCUUCUGGAGAUCGGUGGUGAGCUCCCUCCGAGGCCAGGAUGAUUGGGGUGAUGGGGAGACACAAAGGCUCUUCCCUGUCCACAAAACCCCAAUGAGUCAGAUAGACUCAAGUCCCUUCUACCAAAUUUCUUCCCACCCCCUACCAUGGUGACCUUGGGCAAGUCACUUAUGUUUCUCUGAGCCUCAGUUUCCCCUCUCUCACAAAUUGGGGUUGAAAUAAUACCCGUCCUGCCUACCUCACAGGGUCACUCUGAGGGUCAUAACUCAGUCUCGUCCGGGAAAGCUUCUUACCAAACCAUGAAGCGACCCUGACCCGUGAGGUAUCACUGUCACCACGACCGACCGACAAACCGAUCGAUGUCCUUGAUCUGUUGGGCUGUAGCCCAGAGGAGGUCCCAGCAAAGCCAGCCUGUCUGGGGAGAGGCGCCCGAGGAUUUCUGUGACAUUCCUAGACAGGUUCAUUCUUGCAAAAAAAUAAAAUAAUAAAAUAAAAGCCUGAAUGGCAAGGUCCGGGACGUACGCAGCACAACUCAACGGUCUUGCUCACUCCCUAGUACGCCCUAAGGGCAGCUUCCUCUGGCAGGCAAUAAUCUCCCAGCCCCACCCCGGGCAGGGCCAGGAUGCUCUCACCACCAGGCUUCCACGAAAGGGCCCGGGAACCUCACCCUCGCCAACAUUUCACAACAUCCCAUGUUCACAUAGCACAGCUUCCCCUACCCCCAAGAGAGGUUAUGGAGGUUCUAUAGCUUUUAGGGACACACACACACACACAACAAAAAAUGUUAACACUUCACAGGUCAAGUUGAAGUCAUUCUCUGUUUAAGCACUAAAACUGGGUGUCAUCACUCACUGUGUAUUACCAGUAUUUACCUGCUCUCUUGAGUUCACCCAGACCAGAUUUAAAAGAACACAUUUUUUUUCCAAAGGGAAAGAGACAAUUCAUUGUACAUAAUGUAUACGCACACAAAUACACACACACACACACACACACACACACACACACACACAAAAUACCUGUAGAACUAUUCUUCCAGCACUGCAGAAACAAAAAAACAAACAAACAAAAAUAGAAGCAAACGUACUGGGCAGUUGGAAGUGAUUGUGUGUGUGUCCGUAACCCCUUGUGAUUUCUGAACAUGCAGUCUUCUAGGUUAACACACACACACACACUCACACACACACAAAUACAUCCUCUGUCUUGAUGAUACUGUAGGUUCACCCAUUUUUUUAAAUUUCCCCCACAAAUAACAAGACCCACAGACAGAAGUGACUAGCGUUUAACGGCUCUGUUCUUUUAUAUGCAGCAAACACACCGUACAUUUCCGAAGAGGCUUUAGCCAGAAGGUGUUUUUCCAAUGAUGUUAGCACACAAACGCUUUAAAUUAGACUGGAACUGCCAGACUCAGAUGUAAAUGAGGAAUUUCUCAGACCCCUAUUGCAUGGUAUCAAUUUUUAAUAAAUUGUUGCAGAUUUGUUUUUAUGAAUAAAAGGUUAAAAAU